CAUGAACCUCAGGCCAGCCGCAACCCCCCGCGAGCCUGCCUGGCCUGCGCUUUGACAGGUGGCCCAGGUCACCCUUGUCCCCACCUUGCUCAGAGCCCUCAGCUGUGCAGCCCAGGCUCUUCCUAUCCCCCUGCAACCCAGCUGCCGCCUGCCCUGUGUCCUUCAAGGGGCCGCCAGCACUGACCUCCGUCUUUUUUCCCUAUGUCCCCAGACGGCCACCAUGGGCCAGUGCCACUACAAUGAGACCAUUGGCUUCUUCUACAACAACAGUGGCAAGGAGCUCAGCUCUCACUGGCGGCCCAAGGAUGUGGUGGUGGUGGCCCUGGGGCUGACUGUCAGCGUGCUUGUCCUCCUGACUAACCUGCUGGUCAUCAUGGCCAUUGCCUCCAACCGUCGCUUCCACCAGCCCAUCUACUAUCUCCUUGGCAACCUGGCUGCGGCUGACCUCUUCGCUGGCGUGGCCUACCUCUUCCUCAUGUUCCACACAGGCCCGCGCACUGCUCGGCUCUCACUCCAGGGCUGGUUCCUGCGGCAGGGUCUGCUGGACACCAGCCUGACGGCAUCCGUGGCCACCCUGCUGGCCAUCGCAGUGGAGCGGCACCGCAGCGUGAUGGCCGUGCAGCUGCACAGCCGCUUGCCCCGCGGGCGUGUGGUCCUGCUCAUUGUGGGCGUGUGGGUGGCUGCCCUGGGCCUGGGGCUGCUGCCUGCCCACUCCUGGCACUGCCUGUGCGCCCUGGACCGUUGCUCACGCAUGGCACCCCUGCUGAGCCGCACCUACCUGGCCGUGUGGGCCCUGACCAGCCUGCUGGUCUUCCUGCUCAUGGUCGCCGUCUACACCCGCAUUUUCUUCUAUGUGCGGAGGCGAGUGCAGCGCAUGGCCGAGCAUGUCAGCUGCCAUCCCCACUACCGAGAGACUACACUCAGCCUGGUCAAGACCGUGGUCAUCAUCCUUGGGGCCUUCGUGGUCUGCUGGACGCCGGGCCAGGUCGUGCUGCUCCUGGACGGCCUGGACUGCAAGUCCUGCAACGUCCUGGCGGUGGAGAAGUAUUUCCUGCUGCUGGCGGAGUCCAACUCCCUGGUCAACGCUGCCGUGUACUCCUGCCGGGAUGCCGAGAUGCGCCGCACCUUCCGCCGCCUGCUGUGCUGCCUGCGUCUGCGCCGCUCCUCCCGCGAGGCUGCCCUGGCCCAGGCCUCUACCCGCACUGGAGCCAACACACGCCUCGAGCCUCCUGAAAACGGCCACACGCUCAUGGACUCCACCCUGUAGCCUCGUCCACCCCAGUGGGGCGCCCGGCCGUCCAGCCGAUGAAGGACAGGAAGCUGGAUCGCGUCUGGCCAGGCCAUCGCCUCCCUGCACGCACACGGCAAGCCUGCACUCCCCAACUGGGGUGAUCUGCAUCUCCUGGAAGAGUGGGCCGGCGUGGGAGUCUGGCUCUUUCUUGCUCAUCUCAGGUUUUAGGGUUUUUUAAAGGACAUUAGUUUUUUUAUGGUACAUCCUGGUAAACACUCUGGACCAGUUCCUCCAUGUGGUACUAUGGCUGCUUGGGGUAGGAGAUGUGAGGACUGGCCUGGAGUGGUU